AUGUCCUUCGGAUGGGUGACGUUGGUUGCCACCCCGAAAUCACACCCAUUCGAAGAGAGACGGGUAAAAGUUAACUCAUCUACUGAUCCGGUCAAAAUUGGGAGAGCUGUUGCGCGAAUACAGGCAGCGUCUGAUAAUGCUGUUUUCGAUUGCAAAGUUCUCUCACGGAAUCACGCGAUUAUGUGGUUUCGGGACGGCGAAUUUUGGCUGAAAGAUACAAAAAGUAGCAAUGGAACGUUUGUAAAUAAUGAGAAACUACAGCAAAUCGGAAAUGGACGCGAUACUGAUGUGCGGCGAGUUUUUAGCGGCGACAUCAUUCAACUCGGAGUGGAAAUUGUGGAAAACGCUAACAAAGUGGUGUAUGGAUGUAUCUAUGCUGUUAUAAAUUGUUUCAACGCCGACGGAAAAUUGAUAGAAAGCAUCGGACCAGCAUGCGAGGAAGGACAAAGAACAACCAGCGCACUCGUCAGCAAUCGAAAACUUUUUCAAAUGCAGCAAUAUGUAUCAGAAGCCCAACACAGAGAGAAGCAGCGUGAGGAUAAAAUCGGUGAAUUGAUGAGCAUUAUCGCGGCCAACGAAAAGGCAGCGGAGACCGCUUGGAAGGCUUUGGUGAAUGAAGAUCGCCUCUUGGCAAGAAUUGAAUCUCUGGAAGCUCAACUUUCGAUUCUUUCGAACAAUAACAAUCCUGAUAAACAGAAAGAAGAGCUUUUGAAAAUGAUCGAUGAGAAAACCAAGUUUGAAGCAAUGACGAAGGAGAUGGUCCGUAGGCUGAUUGAAGAGAACGGCGAGACAACAUCUCGAUUCAAAGAUAUGGAACGAUCACUUGAGACCACAGAGCAGACAUAUCAACAACUGCGCUCUAGAAACGAUGAUCUUGAAAUGGCAUUAUCUGAGACUACGGAAAUGUAUGACUCCAAGGUUUCUGAACUCGAACUCACUUCCGCAGAGCUUCUUGAAAAACAAAAACAGUUAUCAUCGUCCGAGGAGAAGGUACAGGACUUGCAAAAGAAAAACAACGAAUUAAGCAAUAGCUCCGUUAUCAACCAGACGGCUUCAGGAUUGUCGCAUCUUCUUGCUAAAGCUAUUGAAAAAGGAAGUUUCAUUGACGCUGAACAACUACAUGAACUUAUAAGUGCACUCAAAUUGGCUUCCUAUCUGCCUCCACACGUUCGAGAAACUCCAUCCUCUUCAGAUACUUCAUCUGCUUCGGAAUCAGAGCUUCGCACUCAGCUCAUCAAUGGUUGCUCCACCAUUGCUUCUCCUGAAGAAUCUUCUGCCGAUGGUGGGGCAAUGAAGAAACAGCAAGAUAAAACAACGAUUGAAACGUAUCUCAAAUCGAUUCUCGAGCUACAGUCGAAAAAUCGAGAGCUAGAAUUGACGAUUGCAUCUUUAACCGAGAAGGAAAAUCAAGAAAAGUCCGAGAGUUACAGCUCCGAAGCGGACUACAUCAAAGAACCAUUGGAAAUGUCGCCGUCUGGAAAUGUUUCAUUCUGCCCUGAAGCCGCAAAUCUCUCGGGAUCUUCAACAUCAGGAUCUUCACAAGCGCCACUUAUGCAGAAACAGACUACAGUAAUUAAGCGACCUGAUGGACUCGAGAAUCUAUUGCUACUGGUCUCACUGGUUCCGCUUCUUGCGUUGAUCCUUUCUGCUAUUGCUCCGGUUCAGAGACGGUUUUCGAGUUCGAAAGUCGAAAAAGAGGAAUGA